UUAGAUAUUUGAAUUCAAACAUUUCGUCCACUAUAAAACAAGAAUAAGAAGCUCUUUAGUUAUUGCAAGAAUCGUAUGAACAUCACAAACAGUGUUAAGCCAGGAAUAUGAGAAAGAUUUCUGGAGCAUUGCUUGUAAUUGCGUGGACCCAAAUGCUGUCCAUUGCCAUGGCUGUAUCACAGACCACUGGAGAGCCAGUGUAUGCAUCUGCCUGUUACAAUGCAAUCUUUUUGCCCCCCUCAGAGCAAUAUGAUUAUAUUAUAGUAGGUGGAGGUACAGCAGGCUGCCCUUUGGCAGCCACCCUUUCAAAGAACUUCAAGGUUCUGUUGCUAGAGCGAGGUGGGCUAGGGUAUAACGUCCCCACCAUAGAGCAACAAGAAGGCUUCAUAGCAAAUCUUAUUAACACACAUGACCCUGAUUCUCCUGCAGAGACUUUUAUAUCAGAAGAAGGUGUGGUUAAUGCAAGAGGUAGAGUAUUGGGAGGAAGUAGCAGCAUAAAUGCUGGGUUUUAUUCUAGGGCUGGUUUGGGCUAUGUGAGAGAAGCAGGGUGGGAUAAAGCACUUGUUAAUGAAAGCUACACAUGGGUUGAAAAGGCUGUGGUAUCUAGGCCUGUUUUGAAGCGGUGGCAGGGGGCUUUCAGAAAUGGCCUAUUUGAAGGUGGUCUGAAGCCUUAUAAUGGGUUUACUGUGGAUCAUGUUAAAGGGACUAAAAUUGGGGGCUCCACUUUUGAUCGGCAUGGGAGGAGGCAUAGUUCUAAAGAUUUGUUGCAGCAUGCUAAUUAUAAUAAUCUCAGAGUUGGGCUCCAUGCAACUGUUUACCGUAUCCUCUUUCAUGACAGAAACCCAGAAAGACCUGGUAAUGUGUCAACAAGACCAAGGGCUUAUGGUGUGGAAUAUAAAGAUUCAAACGGGCUUGUUCACACGGCUGUAUUAUCACACAAUGGAGGGGACAUUAUUAUUUCAUCUGGUGCUUUGGGGAGUCCACAGCUGCUAUUAUUAAGUGGGGUAGGCCCUAAAGAACACCUGGAUUCUUUAGGAAUUCCUGUAGUCCUUGAUCUGCCUGGUGUAGGACAGGGAAUGGCAGACAAUCCAAGAAAUGGUAUUGCACUGUUAUCAUCACUGCCCCUUGAAUAUUCUCUAAUCCAAGUGGUGGGAAUAACUGAGACAAACUUCAUUGAAGCAUCCAGCAUACCAAUUCAGAUUCCAUUUGGAGGCAGAUAUGCCUACUUGGGAACCAUAAUUGAAAAAGUUGUAGGCCCCCUCUCAAAAGGAGAGCUCCGUCUAAGGACUGGAGACAUUGAAGACAAACCUUCUGUUAGAUUCAAUUAUUUUUCACAUCCUCAAGAUAUCCAAAACUGUGUUGACGGAUUGAGAACCAUUGGCAAGAUCCUAAAAACAAGCUCCCUGAAGUCAUAUACAUUGAGCUUCAUAGGUCCUCCCCUGCCUGCAAACACAAGCAACUUUACAGCCAUGGAAGAAUUCUGCAGGGAUACUGUAUCUACUAUAUGGCACUACCAUGGAGGCUGCCAGGUGGGUUCUGUUGUGAAUGAAGAUUACCGAGUGAAAGGAAUUGAUUCCCUGCGAGUUAUAGAUGGUUCAACCUUCAAUAAGUCCCCAGGGACCAAUCCCCAAGCCACAGUAAUGAUGCUCGGAAGGUACAUGGGGAUGCAAGUUUUGAAGGAGAGAUUGUCAAAUUCAAAACAAAAUUGCCAGUAUCAUAAAUUUUCUCAGUUGGUAACUUGACAGAUAUUCAUUAUUUGAUUGAUGUUAAGGCAAAUGCAGAGUAUCACUAUCUAUUACAAAUUUAUAGAUAUUGAAAACAGCUCAAAAUAUUUACUGUAAUUGUAGUUUUUUGAAAUCUUCACUGGGGUAAACAAUACCCUUAAUGAACAGAUAAAAGAAGAAAGAAAUUUCAAUGCAAUCAUAUGAAAGAAAUUUUGUUGAA